AUGAACUAUUUCGAGUAUAUAACCGAUCCUCAUCGCCAGUGCGCAAUCAUCGCCCAUCGCGGCAUAUGGAAUGAAGCUCCUGAGAAUAGCUUGCUUUCCAUCCGCCGCGCCAUUGAAGCUGGCUACGAUGUUGUCGAGAUAGACGUACGUCGUACCGCUGAUGGCGAAUUCGUACUGCUGCACGAUGAUACACUAGAACGCAUGGCCAGCAUCGACAAGAAGCCCGAAGAGUUGACUUUAAAAGAACUGAUAUCGCUUCCACUGAGGAACCGCGAUGGCGGUCCGAAUAGUCCAUUCACCGAGGAGAAACUGCCCAGCCUGCGAGACGUCUUUGAACUCACCCACGACAAGAUUUUCAUCCACCUCGACAUCAAGCAUCGCCAUGCCAUCCCAGAAGUGCUGGCCUGUGCACAGAAGAUGGGUGUCGAAAAGCAGGUGGAUUUCUGGGCUGACCUAAAGACGGAACAUGAUCUAGCUUGGAUCAAGGCCAAUAUCACUGUGCAUGACGUCCCAUUCAUCGCUCGUACACAUCUGGAGCAUGAUGACUGGCGAGGACAGGCAAGGCUUGCUCUUGAGCUGAAGCCCUUGAUCUGCGAGGCCUCGUUUCGAAACCUAUCCCAAGUCGAUGCAAUGAAGCAGUAA